AAUAAUCUCCCACAUUUUUAAUUCAUCCUUACAUCAACCCACAACUCCAGAGUCCAGAACACUCUCAACUCUCUUAACUCUUUUGAAGCUCAACCUUCUUCCAACAAAAAUGGCGGAAUCUCAAUCAAAAUCUGAGAAAAAAAGUCCUCAUAGUUUGCGGUGAUUACAUGGAAGAUUAUGAGGUGAUGGUUCCAUUUCAAGCACUUUUAGCUUAUGGUGUAGCAGUUGAUGCUGUUUGUCCUGAUAAAAAAGCCGGGGAUGUUUGCCGCACUGCUAUUCAUCAACUUUCUACUCAUCAGACUUACUCUGAAACUCGUGGACACAACUUCACCCUGAAUGCAACCUUUGAUGAGAUUGAUGCAAGCAUAUAUGAUGGUUUGGUCCUUCCAGGGGGAAGGGCCCCUGAAUAUCUUGCAAUGAAUGGGUCUGUUCUGGAUGUGGUACGCAAGUUUCAUUCAUCCGGGAAGCCAAUUGCUUCUAUAUGCCAUGGGCAGUUGAUCCUGGCUGCUGCUGAUUGUGUUAAAGGUCGUAAAUGUACAGCAUUUCCUGCAGUGAAGCAUGUGCUCAUUGCAGCUGGGGCUCAUUGGGUAGAACCAACGGACAUGGGAGCUUGUGUAGUUGACCAAAAUAUAGUAACAGGCGCUACCUAUGUUGGACAUCCUGAAUUCAUUCAGAUUUUUGUAAAAGCACUAGGAGGCAUCAUAAGUGGGUCAGAUAAAAGGAUCCUGUUCCUUUGUGGGGAUUUCAUGGAAGAUUAUGAGGUUAUGGUCCCUUUCCAGUCCCUUCAAGCCCUGGGGUGCCAUGUCGAUGCCGUGUGUCCAAAGAAGCAGCAAGGGGAUACUUGCCCAACUGCUGUACAUGAUUUUGAAGGUGAUCAAACAUACAGUGAAAAGCCUGGUCAUGAUUUUACAUUGACCGCCACCUUUGAAGGUAUAGAUGCUUCAAGUUAUGAUGGUCUUGUGAUUCCCGGAGGGCGAGCACCUGAGUACCUUGCUUUAGAUGAGAAUGUUAUCACCAUGGUGAAAAGUUUCAUGGAGGCUGGAAAACCAGUUGCAUCCAUUUGCCAUGGCCAACAGAUUUUAUCUGCAGCUGGUGUUCUCAAGGGGAAGAAAUGUACUGCAUACCCUGCUGUGAAGCUCAAUGUGGUAUUAGGAGGGGGAACUUGGUUGGAGCCUGAACCAAUAAAUCGUUGCUUCACGGAUGGGAACUUGGUGACAGGAGCUGCUUGGCCAGGGCACCCUGAAUUCGUUUCACAGUUCAUGGCUCUUCUUGGUAUUCGUGUAUCAUUUUGAAUGAUUUUAAGAUCCAUCAGAAUAAUUGCACGAUGUCUGAAAUAUCUGUGAGUUGUGUGAAUUCUAGUAAUGUUAUGGUGAAUAAUUGUCUCAAGAGUGUUUCUAGGCUUUUCAAGAGGUAGUUUUGCUUUUUCUGAGAUAUGGUGGUUAAUGUAUUUUCUGUAUCAUAUGAAUAUACAUGAAGAUUAAAUGAUAAAUGCAGAGAUGCAGGUUGCUCUAAUGAUAGAAGAUUAGAAGCACUACGCGUCCAUGCACAAAAGGCCCCAGCUUAUUGUUU